AUGGAUACAACAAAUCUAGUAAAUUGUGAAGUCACAACAAUACUAAAUGACGCAUCUCAAAUAUCGUCGUCGUCGUCAUCUGUAGCUGAUGCCGAUGAAGAUCUAAUUUCAAAGCUUACACAAUUUGAAUCGAAUUUAAUAGGAUCAAAUUAA